AUGGGAUUAUCACCGUUACAGAAAGUAACAGCUGUUUUCAGCAUGUUGGCAUACGGUCUACCAGCUGAUGCUAUGGACGAAUACGUUAAAAUAGAUGAGUCAACAGCAAUUGAAAGUAUGACAAGAUUUUGUCAUGAUAUGGUGGAGAUAUUCGCAGAGCGGUAUCUACGAACACCUAACGCUAACAAUAUUGCUAGGCUACUCUAUAUUGGUAAAAAACAUGAUUUUCCAGGAAUGUUAGGAAGUCUUGAUUGCACCAAUAAUGAUAUCAAUGUGCUGGAGUUAUCUAAUCUUUUCUCCAACCUAGCUCAAGGUAUUGCUCCUCCCGCUCACUAUGUUAUUCAAGGAAAAGAGUAUAAUAUGGGUUAUUAUUUAGCUGAUGGAUCAGCACGUUUUUGGAAAAAACAUGUAUUACAUGACAUAAUGACUGCAUGCAUUAUUAUGCACAAUAUGAUAAUCAAGGAUGAACGUGAUCUUUAUGUACCAAUUCAAGAAGUGAGUGAAGCACCAACACCAGAAGUUAAUAUGGUAGCAGAUGAAACUACAAGAUUUACUCAAUUUAUUGCAAAAAUCAAGGAUAAAGAUGCCCAUAUUGUGCUUCGUAAUGCAUUGAUAGAUCAUCUAUGGGAGGAAUACACUAAUUCAGAUAGUUAA